GAACAACGGUCCAUCGUCGACUGCUUCGCGGAAUAUAUUUGUGACCCGACCGUCCGCGGGAACGCCACGAAACCGUGGUUGAAUUCGCGCCGAUCUUGAAGAAAACGGAAGACCUAACGGAUCGAGGCUCGAUCACCUCGAUCGAUCAUGAACAUCGAGGGCAAAGUGGCCCUCGUCACCGGAGGGGCGAACGGAAUUGGCUUCAGCACCGCUCGGGAGCUUCUUCGAAAGAAGGCAAAGGCAGUAGCAUUGCUGGACUUGGCAGAUUCCGGGGGCGAAAGCGCGGCCGCCAAUCUGAUCGAAGAGUUUGGGAAGGAUCGAGCUACUUUCAUCGUCUGCGAUGUCUCCAAGAACGAGCAGUUGGAAGAGGCGUUCAAGAAAGUUAUCGACACAUACGAAACCCUGGAUAUCGUCGUAAACAACGCUGGCAUCAUGGAUGACGUAGAUUGGGAUGUUAUGGUCGACAUUAAUUAUAAAGGCGUGGUUCAAGGUACGGUUUUGGGAUUGCACAGCAUGGGAAAAUAUAAAGGAGGCAACGGCGGUGCCAUAGUGAACAUGUCCUCGGUGUGUGGCAUCGAUGGAAUUCUGCUAGCACCGAUCUACGGAGGAACAAUGCACGCGAUUGUUGGGCUCACUCGAUCUCUAAAGCAUUUCUAUGAGAAAACCGGCAUUCGAAUGUUGACGAUAUGCCCUGGCCUGACCACCACGACUAUGGCUUCCAAGUUCAUGUCUAGUAAAGAGCACGCAAUGGAUCUCCUCGACGAAGAAAUGGCGGCAUUCGCGAUGACCAACUUGAAAAAACAACCACCGGAACACGUGGCGAACGCCAUCAUGGAACUGAUCGAGAAAGGAGAGAACGGGGCAAUUUUUGUCGUCGAAAACAACGAACCCCCGUACGCCAUUGAAUUGCCAAAUUACACCACCUUGAAGACCACUACCAUGGACAACAUUAAGAACAAGGUUAUCUUGAUCACGGGAGCUGCUUCGGGACUUGGAUACUGCUUUGCCCAGAAACUCCUGGAAAAUGGGGCGAAGACUAUCGCGAUUCUCGACUUGCCAACGUCGCCUGGUCAGACGUCGGCAACCACCCUGGAAAAGGAGUACGGUAAAGGCAAAGCGACGUUCUUCCCUUGUGAUGUUUCAGUCACCAAAGAUUUCGAAGAAGCGUUCAAGAAGGUUGUGAGCAUCUUCAACGGCAUCGACGUUGUCAUCAACAACGCUGGCAUGUAUAACGAAUUGAAUUGGGAGAGAACUGUUCGUGUGAAUAUUGGUGGCGUGAUCCACGGGACCUUGCUCGCCAUGGAUCACAUGAGUAAACACAAAGGUGGCAAAGGCGGAACUGUUGUGAAUAUUUCAUCAGUCGCGGGUUACAGGCCCGUGGGUGUAAGUCCAGUGUACUGUUGCACCAAAUAUGGCGUCAUGGCAUUCAGUCGGAGCCUGCUGGAGAACUACGACAAAACUGGCGUUCGCUUAAUGGUGGUAUGUCCUGGACUCACGGACACAAAUAUCGUAGACAGGAUGCUGACGACUUCGCUCGAUUUGAUCGACUUUCCCAAAUAUUUGGAUCAGAUUAGGGACCACAAGUCCCAAACGGUCGAUAACGUGGGCCGUGCUAUGGUCAGUAUAAUUCAGAAAGGCAAGAACGGAUCUGUUUGGGUCAGCGAAUUUGAAGAACCACCCUACGCCAUCGAGUUCCCUCCUGUCGAGAAAGUGGAACUCGGGCCAGAUAUCGAAACUGUGUUUUUAUGGUUUACUGAUCCAUCAGUGCUCACUGUCUCAACAAGAACCGACGAUACAGCUGUUGCUAACAUUACCAUGGACAACAUUAAGAACAAGACCGCUUUGAUCACCGGGGGUGCCAGCGGGCUCGGUUUCGUGUACGCGGAUAAAUUGCUGCAAAAUGGAGCGAAGAUCGUUGCCAUUCUGGACCUGAGCACCUCGCCUGGUCAAACGUCGGCGGCCACCUUGGAAAAGAAGCACGGAAAAGGGAAAGCCAUCUUCUUGCCUUGCGACGUAACCAACGCCCAACAAUUCGAACAAAGCUUCCAGAAGGUCGUGGACAUCGUCAAAAACAUAGAUAUCGUUAUUAACAAUGCUGGCAUGAUAGAUGACAAUAAAUGGGAGCAGACUGUCCGACUAAAUGUUACAAGCGUGAUCCAGGGAUCGAUUCUCACCUUGAAUCAUAUGAAUAAACGAAAUGGCGGCAAAGGCGGUGUCCUAGUAAAUAUAGCCUCGAUUGUGGGCUACCGUGUCGUACCUGAACUCCCCGUGUAUUGCGCAACAAAGCAUGCCGUAGUCACACUCAGUCGAUGCUUGGAGGACUUCUACGACACAACAGGUAUGCGUGUUCUCACGAUGUGUCCUGGAGCGACGGUAACACCUUUACUCAAAGAAUUAGAAAAGAAGGUAUUAGAUAUCGUCGACGACAGGAUCGACAACCUGUUUAAACUGUUACUGACCCAGCCGGCUGAACACGUGGGCGAGGCCAUGGUCAAUCUCAUUCAGAAAGGUGAAAAUGGAGCCGUUUGGGUCAGCGAGGAAGGACAGCCACCUUACGCCCUGGAGUUCCAGCCUCCCAAGAGGGUGGAAACCAUGGAUAACGUUAAGAACAAGACAGUUUUGAUCACUGGAGCCGCCGUUGGGAUUGGAUUUACAUUCGCGCAAAAGUUGCUGAAAAAUGGAGCGAAGGCUAUCGCUAUUCUCGACUUGAGUAGCUCGUCAGGUGCGCAAUCCGCUUCGAAUUUGGAAAACGAAUUCGGAAAAGGCAAAGCAGUAUUCUUCCCGUGUGACGUGGCCAACGCUGAACAAUUCGCAGAGACUUUUAAGAAGGUUGUGAAUACGUUCAAUGGGGUCGACAUUGUCAUCAACAACGCCGGUAUUUUCAGGGAUCAAGCUUGGAAAGCGACUGUCGACGUAAAUAUCACUGGCGUGGUUCAAGGUUCGUUGCUCGCGAUAGAUCACAUGGGUAAACAUAAAGGAGGCAAAGGCGGUGUCGUAGUAAACGUUGCCUCAAUUAUUGGGCUCUCGCUCUUCCCAGGAUGCCCGGUGUACUGUGCCAGUAAACACGCCGUGGUUACACUCAGUCGCUGUUUACAGGAGAAUUACCAUAAGACUGGCGUGGACGUUCUGGUGAUAUGCCCCGGCUUCACGAGCACACCGUUGCUUUCUACUUAUCAGGAUAAAAUGCUCGACUUCGUUGAGGCCCCCGAACUCCUGAAAUAUGUCACCGACUAUCCAAUACAAACGCCUGACAACGUGGGCGAGGCUUUGGUGAAACUCAUCCAGAAAGGCAAGAACGGAGAUAUUUGGGUCAGCGAAGGUGGAAAUCCACCCUACGCUGUCGAGUUCGCACCUGUCAAGAAAGUGGAGCUCAACGUUUGAUGAGAAGUUCUCGUUUUCCUUAGGGUCUAGAUAAUUCAACUGUGUGAUAAUGGAAGGAACAAAGAUAUUCUCCUAAAAACGACGCAAAAUUUAGGGACUGAUUUUCGUGUUUGGACUGAUUUGGAGUACAAUUUAAUUUAUAUAUUUAAUCUACAGAGUUAUGUAACGACAAUAUUCCUGACUAAAUAAAUUUAGAAUAUGGUCAA